CUAUUCGAUUUGUAUAAAUACCAUUCGAACAGAGCCUUCGAUCUCAGUUUGCUUCUUUGUGAUCGCUACGUUCUGUCAUCAUUCUUUAUUCGAUUCUUAUCGAUUUAUUUAUUUCGAAAAUCCAAAAUGGAGAUGAUGGGUACGAUGAGUAUUCCUAAUUUUUCCUCAAGGAAAGUCAGAAGAAGAUGCCGGAAAAGAAACGAUAUUCUUUUUAAACGAUUUCUAACAUUUGUAUUUUUUUCACCGUUAGCUUUAUUCUUAUGCGAUGCCUUUUAUUUAUCCGCUCGACGGAUGAUCAGACGACGAUCCUCGGCCUCGGAAAGAGCCAAGGAAUUGGAAGAAAUCAAUGGUGUGGUAUCUGGUAAAAAUAUUUUAAUAACUGGCGGUGCUGCUGGUCUAGGUUACGCCUUCGUUAAUAGCUUUCUGAAACACGGAGCAAACAAAAUAGCUAUACUCGAUAUAGACGGAGAGACUUGUAAGAGGAUUGGCUUGGGUAUAGAAAAGUCGUACGGUGUAAACAAAGUAUACUUCAUACAAAGUGACGUAGCUAAACACGAACAAUCGAUAGAGGCCUUUGAGGAAGCAUCAAUAUUAAUGACCGAAAUCGACAUAGUGAUUAAUAAUGCUGGAAUACUCGAUGAACGACGUUGGGAACGUGAGAUCGCCGUGAAUAUUACUGGAAUGAUCUCAACAGCAAUGUUGGCUGUCAAACACAUGAGCAAAGAGAGCGGUGGACACGGUGGAAUAUUGGUGAACGUCAGUGAACACAUGAAUAUCGGUAAUACGGCUCAACUUCCAGUUUAUGCGGCCACGAAACACGCGAUCAUAGGUCUUUCGCAAUCUCUCGCAGACCCUGAUCAUUACGAAAGAACCGGAAUAAGGGUGAUAACGUUAUGUCCUGGAUUAACAGAAACUGGUCUCACCAUCGACAGUCCGAACAAAUUGCUAUCCAGAGUAAUGAAAGCGGAUUUUGUGAAGAACUUGGAACAGAUCCCCAUACAAACACCGUACAUCGUCGCACAGGGCCUGUUAAACGUUCUACGUUUCGGUGAAUCCGGUAGCAUUUGGGUCAUCGAGAGUGGUCGUCAACCUUAUGAGAUUUAUGUACCAAAUCCUUGUACUCUACGUCGACGUUACAAAAACAACAUGACGUAUGACGAGACUAAAAUUGGAAAAGGACGCAAAAUAACGAAAGUUUACGAUAAUGGUACGAGAACUAGCGUAAUUUGUGUUUGACCGAAACAUGAACUAUUUCUUUACCUUUAUACGCGAAAAAUUUCCUAAGCGAAUUGCACUUCGACGGUAGGAAGAAAAUGCUCUGAAAUUAGAAAGUAAUAAAUAAUUAAUCUGUAAGCGUGUAUAAGUAUACGAAUAUACCGUCGUGCACAGCUAACAGGUUAAGAAAAAAAAGACACAAAAAAAGAGGUCGAUUACUAUUACAAAGAUUAUACACCGCGUAUUAUUUCAUCAUUUCAGUAUUAUUCAUAGCAUCGGGAUUCACAAUAUCCGCUGUACAAAACAAAAACUUAUCGUUGGAAAAUCGCGUACAUCGUGUAAUAAUAUUCUCCCCAUGCAUAAUGCAAGAAACUUAAAACAUAUACUUUUUUUCUUCUUAUCUGCCUACGUUUAAUAUACACUUGAUUUGUGUUUUUUUCUGUUUUUAUUAUUCUCUUUAUACUUCGUUUGGCCGCAUCGCCGAUAGACUAUGAAGGUUUACUUUUUUUAUUUUUUUUAUUAUCAUCAUUAUUAUUAUUAUUUUAUUAUUAUUAUCAUUAUCAAUAUGUUAUCAUUACCACCAUCGUCAUAUAUAUAUAUAUAUAUAUAUAUAUAUAUGUAACGUAUGUAUAACUAAAUCUUGGCUUACGUUAUGUAUACAUUUGUAUAUAUGCGUGGAUCUCGGCAAGAGCCAUAGAAAAAUAACAGUCGCAAAUAAUACACAUACUUUUUGUCUUCUCCGCAUUAUUACACCGUUAUCCUUCUUUUCAGACUUGUCUUCCUUCUUCUCCUACUCCUUUUCCUCGUCUAAGGGGCAUUGAUCAUCCAGCUUUUUUUCUAAUUUUUUAUUACUUUCACGACCGUCAAAGUGCAGUAUCGUGUCACGCGGACCAUAUUCGAAAUACGUAAAGACGAAGUUAUACGAUACAUGAUUCGCAAAGUUCCUUCGAUCGAAUGAGAUAUUAAUGAAUUUCACUUGAUUCUUAAAUUUUGAACAUGUAAAAUGUAUGUAACCCAGAUCGAGGAAAAAAGAAGAGCAAAAUUUGUCGGUAAAAACUAUCGAAAAGAAGAAAACAAAAAAGAAAAAAAAGGAGAACGACGUUACCUACCUUCCCUCUAUUCUUAGCAAUACCCCCAAAUCUUUCACAUACACACGACAAAUAUAAUAAAACCAUUCUGUUAAUUAAUGAUGACGAUA